AAAUAUUAGCGAUAAAUCUUUAUUUGAAAUCGCAGGAAAUUGUCAUGAUUUGCAAGAGUUUUAUUUUGCCGAAGCGCGUUGGAUCACAGAUAGAUUUAUAAGUUACAUUUUAAACUCAUGCCUAAAUUUACGAAAACUUGAUAUUGUGUUUAGUCGUGAAGAUAUCAAAGAUACUAGUACUUUAAUACGAAGAUGUUUUAAUAUAGAAUAUCUUGACUUUAGUAGGAUCGGUCAUAAUGAUAUUGGUGAUGAGGUUAUUGAAGCGUUGGCUUAUGCAUAUCAUAAAUUAGAGUAUCUCGAGCUAGAUGGUUGUUCAUUUAUCAGUGAAUUAUCAAUUU